GGCGCUGCUUAGAGCCGCCCGCGCCGCGCUGCUGCUGUCGCUGCCCUCCCGGCUCCCGGCCCGGCCUCCGCUCCCACCCUGUCGGCCCCUCAGCGCCCGCGCCCGGAGCUCAUUCCCCGCCGCCGCCUCGCGGAGCAGCAUGGACGGCGCCGGGGCUGAGGAGGUGCUAGCCCCUCUCAGGCUUGCCGUGCGCCAGCAGGGAGAUCUUGUUCGAAAACUGAAAGAAGAUAAAGCACCCCAAGUAGAUGUAGACAAAGCUGUAGCUGAGCUCAAAGCCCGGAAGAGGGUUCUGGAAGCAAAGGAGUUAGCAUUACAACCCAAAGAUGACAUUGUAGACAGAGCAAAAAUGGAAGAUACCCUGAAGAGGAGGUUUUUCUAUGAUCAAGCUUUUGCUAUUUAUGGAGGUGUUAGUGGUCUGUAUGAUUUUGGGCCAGUUGGAUGUGCUUUGAAGAAUAAUAUUAUUCAGACCUGGAGGCAGCACUUUAUCCAAGAGGAACAGAUCCUGGAGAUUGAUUGUACCAUGCUCACCCCUGAGCCAGUUUUAAAGACCUCUGGCCACGUAGACAAAUUUGCUGACUUCAUGGUGAAAGAUGUAAAAAAUGGAGAGUGUUUUCGUGCUGACCAUCUAUUAAAAGCUCAUUUACAGAAAUUGAUGUCUGAUAAGAAGUGUUCUGCUGAGAAGAAAUCAGAGAUGGAAAGUGUCUUGGCUCAGCUUGAUAACUAUGGACAGCAGGAACUUGGGGAUCUUUUUGUGAACUAUAAUGUAAAAUCCCCCAUGACUGGAAAUGAUCUCUCCCCUCCAGUAUCUUUUAACUUAAUGUUCAAGACCUUCAUUGGGCCUGGAGGAAACAUGCCUGGGUACUUGAGACCAGAAACUGCACAGGGGAUUUUCCUGAAUUUCAAGAGACUUUUGGAAUUCAACCAAGGAAAGUUGCCUUUUGCUGCUGCCCAGAUCGGAAAUUCUUUCAGAAAUGAGAUCUCCCCUAGAUCUGGACUGAUCAGAGUCAGAGAGUUCACAAUGGCAGAAAUUGAGCACUUUGUAGAUCCCAGUGAGAAGGACCAUCCCAAGUUUCAGAAUGUGGCAGACCUCCACCUUUAUUUAUAUUCAGCAAAAGCCCAGGUCAGCGGACAGUCUGCUCGAAAAAUGCGCCUAGGAGAUGCUGUUGAGCAGGGUGUGAUUAACAACUCAGUAUUAGGCUACUUCAUUGGCCGCAUCUACCUCUAUCUCACGAAGGUUGGAGUAUCUCCAGAUAAACUCCGCUUCCGCCAGCAUAUGGAGAACGAGAUGGCCCACUACGCCUGUGACUGUUGGGAUGCCGAAUCUAAAACAUCCUAUGGCUGGAUUGAGAUCGUCGGAUGUGCUGAUCGUUCCUGUUAUGACCUUUCUUGUCAUGCUCGAGCCACCAAAGUCCCACUUGUAGCUGAGAAACCUCUGAAAGAGCCCAAAACAGUCAAUGUUGUUCAGUUUGAACCCAAUAAGGGAGCAAUUGGUAAGGCAUAUAAGAAGGAUGCAAAGCUGGUGCUGGAGUACCUGCCUGUUUGUGAUGAGUGUUACAUUACAGAAAUGGAGAAACUACUGAAUGAAAAAGGGUAA